AUGCGGAGUCGUAUCCUAGACACUGGGAUAUCUGUUGCAUACGAGCCUGAAAACGGCUCCCCCAUCGUUGACGUCGUCUUCGUCCAUGGUUUACACGGUCAUCCAUUCAAAUCAUGGGCCUACCACCUUGACUUUCCCGGGGCGCAUGAAUUGCCAGCCACUACCCCGGUAACAGUCGGCAAAACAGAACGUGGAAGCGUCAUUCAUCGCGUGGCUGUCCAUUUGCGUCGGAAAUCGUCAAAAGCUGCGCCGAUAGACAGUACAGAAUCAGCGUCUCCUACAUGUACCAUGGAGAAUGGCGCCCCAGUCGCGCAUAUAUUCUGGCCCAGCGACCUGCUUCCAAAGCAAUGUCCUAACUCACGCAUCCUUAUGUUUGGGUACGACAGCAAGAUCACCAAGUAUGCAGCUGGUGCGAUAAAUCAGAACAGUAUUCUCUCUCAUAGCAAAGACCUUUUGUUUGCCCUCUGUAGAGAAAGAAUCCCUAAUCGCCCGUUGAUAUUCGUUGCUCAUAGCCUUGGGGGCAUUAUUGUUAAGGAAAUGCUCGCACAAUCAUCUACGUCGAUUGAACCCGAGUAUAAAAGCAUCGUAGAGUGCACUGCAAAAAUUGUUUUCUUGGGCACUCCACACCGCGGUAGCCAAGAUGUCGCGGCGCUCGGUGAAAUAGCACGAUCUAUUAUUAGCUCCUUGGGCAUGGAGACAACACCAACUAUUCUUGACGCGCUGGGCUUGAAGUCUUCGGAUCUAAAUCGCGCGCAAGAACAGUUCUCUAAGCUGUGGCAAGAAUACGACUUUCAGGUUAAGACAUUCCAAGAGGGUCUCAGCUUGGCAAAGCUUGGGAAAAAAAUUGUGCCCGAUUACUCAUCUUCGAUUGGAGAUCAUCGUGAGCAUUCCGAGACUCUUCAAGCCAACCAUCAACAAAUGUGUCGAUAUUCUGGAAUAGAUGACCCAAAUUAUCGCAAAAUAGCUGGGGAGCUUUAUUCUAUAUACAGCUCCCUUGCGAGGCUAAACUCGACCAAACCUCGUCGAAGUCGGCAAACGCAAUCUCCUGGGUCAAUAUUGAGUGCCACUUCGUCGAAAGAGUUACUGCACGUUACCAACGACACCCAAGUCAACGAUGUGUGCCUGGGGUCUCUAUGGUUUCCAGCUAUUAAUACUCGACACCAAAGUCUGGAGAAACCAGCUGAUAAUACUUGUUCAUGGUUGUUUAACCAUGUUAUAUAUCAAGAAUGGUUCAAUGGUAGCGAUCGACAAAAGAAUCACGGUCUUCUUUGGUUAAAAGGAAAGCCAGGCUCAGGGAAAUCAAUUCUCAUCAAGGAAGCUUUCCGCCGAGCCGCUCUGGAGCAAGACGAAUCCAAUCACUGUUCUGCUGCUUUCUUCUUCUGUGCCAAUGGCAACAAGCUUGAGCGCUCUUGUCUUGGUCUCUUCAAAUCCCUGCUAUACCAGCUUCUUCCUGAAGAUAGAAUGCAGAUCAAACGCUUGCAAAAGCUAUGGGAGAAAAAGAAAGUGCCUUAUAGUGGGGCGGCGACGGUCGCUUGGCAAGAAACUGAACUUGAGUCGUUCUUUGAGUCAAUGUUUAUGGAUCAGCCAAGGAAGAAGACGAUUAUCUUCAUUGACGCUAUUGAUGAGUGUGAUGAACCUAAAAUACGGCCUAUGGUCUACUUCUGGCGGAAAGUCACUUCAUCGGCGUACAAUCAAGGAGUUGACCUCAAUGUCUGUCUAUCUAGUAGACACUUCCCCACAAUUACUCUUAGCAACUGUCCGGAAAUAAUCAUCGAACAGCAUAACAGUCAUGACAUUGCGACAUACGUGGAUUAUAAAUUCCAACUCGGUAUUGUUACGCAAAUACCUCAAUGGGAGCUCUUAAGGGAUACCAUCUUGAGAAAAUCUGCAGGGAUAUUUCUUUGGGUUGCUUUAGUGAUGGAAGAUGUAAUCAAGAGCUGGGAUAAUGGCUAUGGUAUGCCAUUCCUGAUUAAACAAGUCAUGGAUAUUCCAGAUGCACUUGAAACUCUAUUUUCUAAUAUGUUUUCUAAUCUCAAUCCAGAGAUGAGAGAGUUGACCAUUAAGUUCUUCCAAUGGGCCAUUUUAGCUACGGCACCUCUUCGACUUCACGAGUGGCACCAUGUGAUGGCAUUCAUCAGGCAGCCCGCGCUUAGUUCAUUGAAAGAGUGGCGCCAAUCAGUCAAUUUUACUGAAAACGAUGAGCAGCUCGAGAAGCAAAUUAGGAGUGUUUCCAGGGGCCUAGUUGAAGUGAAGAGAGUCGCUGCGGACGAUUUCCAAGACAGCGGAGUUGAGAAAAUAUCCGUCUAUGCCGGAGCAGGAUCGCUUAACCAGGAGAAUGGCAACACUAGAAUCGUUCAAGUUAUACACGAAUCAGUGCGCGAUUUCUUCUUGAAGGGAAAUGGAUUCUCUGUUCUCGAUUCGAAUCUACGAUUGAAUCCAAUCGGCAUCGGUCAUCUUUCAAUAAUGAAUACUUGUUUGGACUACUUGAACAUUGCGGAACUUGAUGCACUUGUAGAGGCACGUAUUCACGCAGCUAAGAGUCAAGAUCGUCAACUGCUAUCAGAUUGUAUGAGAGGGUUGACUGAGAGCAUAUGUUCUACCAAUUCUUCGUCUGAUAGUAGCUUCGAAAGAGACCGAGACCUCAAAAACUCCAACACAGGCUUGUCGCAAUAUCAUCAGUUAUCCAUGAAAAGAGGAGAGAACACGUCUGUUUUUGCGAUGUUGAAGUCCUUUGACUACACUCCAAACAUAGAGCCAAACAUAGAUGUUGUUGAAUGGGUGAAACAAGGCCACCCUGUUUCUGCGAGAUCGUCAUCUCUACGUAGCUUUACCCAUGUAUCACUCGCCCACUCCUCCGAGAUAAGUCGGCCUCAAAGGCUGAAAGAUUACCCUGCACUACUCUCAUAUGCCACAGUCAAGCUAUUUGCCCAUGCUAAGCUGGCUGAUGAUGUUGGGGCUGACCCAAGCCCGAUAGUCAAGCGUUUGAUCGAUGAGAUAACGUGGGCUCGCUGGAUUGCACUCAAAGAAGACAUACCUCAAGGGACUAAGUUUGUUACAUAUGCCGCUAAUAGAGGUAUAUCAUCAUGGGUCAAAGUUAUUCUUCAUGAUACCACUACGAAAUUGCCGUCACCGAGCUCUGUCAUUGUCGGCGACGUAAAAUUCGCUGUAUCACAGCUGAAGACCACAAUCAAUGUGUAA